CCUCGAUGUGGGUGCGUGAGUGCUUGCUGGUAACAUCGCUCGAAGUUCCCACUUUUCGUGAAUCGAUCAGAAAUUUCAGUUGUAAUCAAGAUGAUGAAGUCUGUUGCUUUCCUUGUGGCUUUGUUGGCUGUUGCCAGCGCAUUUGCUCCCAACAAUGCUAGCCCCCGAACCAGUGUUGCCGUGAACUCUCUGUUCGACGAUAUCGUCAACAUGGAUCUCUGGAAAGACCAGUCGGACCGAAACAAAUACGGAGCCCGUGCUUCCAAGAACCUUACCCCCAAGGACAUUGGUUCUGGAGGAUACGUUCCCGAUGGUUUGUCUGCAUCUGAAUACAACUCCAUCCGAAAGAACGAGGCCGCCAAGAAGGCCGCCAACUACCAACGCAAUGUUGCCAAGGCCGGCAAGUUCCAAGACUUCACUGACUUCUACCUCAGGCGAGGAACCUCCGAGGGAGGCAGCUGGUUGAAGAAAGAUGGACGUGGACACGAUUUCGUCAAGACCAAGUACGACUGGUCCGGAAAAUCCAUCGAAGACAACAAGCCCUUCUUCGAGGCUUAAUUUCUCUAUGAUGCUACUCCAAAACCAAACUAUUCCCCUUGGAAAUGGAUUCGUUUUGAUUCCAAUAGACUACUUAAUUGUAUAGAACAUUUUCUAGGGAGCG